AUGGCAAAACCUUUUUCAAAUGAUUCUAGUGCAGUCACCAUCGUCUCAGAAUGCACUGUUUUCCCAGACAAGAAAUCAUCUCUUGGAGACUUAAAACUCUCUGUCUCAGACCUCACCAUGAUAUGUGCUCAAUACAUCCAAAAAGGCUGUCUCUUCACAACUCCAUCUCUCCCCUCUGACACUCUCAUUCCUCACCUUAUUGCUUCUCUCUCUAAAACCCUCUCUCUCUUCCCUCCACUCGCUGGCCGUUUCGUAACCGACUCCGACGGUUACAUCUACAUCUCAUGCAACGACGCUGGCGCUGAUUUCAUCCAUGCGACCGCCACUCACCUCACUAUCACCGACCUUUUGUCACCACGUGAUGUCCAUGCCGCCUUCAAGCAAUUCAUCCCGUUUCACUGUAAAAUCAACUACUCCGCUCAUUUCUCACCAAUCUUGGCUAUUCAGGUCACCUACCUCGCCGACGGAAUCUUCAUCGGUUUCGCCGUAUCUCACGCUGUCACAGACGGUACUACCGUCUGGAACUUCUUUAACACGUUUGCUGACAUUUCCAGGGGAGUCACACAACCUACGAGAAUACCGGACUUCCGCCGGGAUUCCAUUCUGAACUCAAAAGCCAUCCUUCGUUUAUCUGAGGACGACAUCAAUCCGACGUCCAAAGCUGACGAGCCUGUUCGUGAAAGAAUUUUCACUUUCACACUCGAAGCAAUUCAGAAGCUAAAAGCAAGAGUCAAUCGCAACCGCACAUCGCUGGCGGAGAUUUCGUCGUUUCAGUCACUGUCCGCUCUAAUGUGGCAAUGUGUUACACGCGCUAGGAAACUUGAGGGUAGUAAAAGAACGACAGUUAGAAUGGCUGUGAAUAUUCGUAACCGUUUGGAGCCGAUGUUAUCGGAGUAUUAUUUCGGGAACGCGAUUCAGAGCAUCGUGACAUAUGCAUCUGCUGGCGAUGUUGUUGAUAGAGAUCUUACGUGGUGCGCGGAGCAGUUGAAUAAAAAUAUUAGGGAGUACAAUACUGAUGUGGUGAGGCGCGUCAUAGAGAAUUGGGAGCGCGAGCCAAAAGCUGUUAAGAUGGGGAAUCACGAUGGUGGGAUAGUGCAGAUUGGCAGUUCGCCUUGGUUUCCUAUGUAUGAUAAUGAUUUUGGAUGGGGAAGGCCGUUGGCGGUGAGGAGCGGCGGAGGGAAUAAGUUUGACGGCAAGAUGUCGGCGUUUCCGGGGAGGGAAGGCGGCAACGCUGUGGACUUGGAGGUGGUUUUGGCGACAGAAACGAUGGGGAUACUUGAGAACGAUCCUGAGUUCUUGCUGUACGCUUCUUGUCAGAAAUGA